CAGCCAAUCCCUGGGGACCCUUCUAGAUCAGAUCAUCUGACCUCUCCGGUGCCAACGCCUUGCCACAGCCGGGGGACCUGCCUGCGAGGAUGCCCCACUUGAGAAAUCCAAUGGCCAGGAAGGUUCUAGAACUAUCCCUGCAGGGGCAACAGAGACGUUCCAUGGCCUCUGACUGUGUGCCCGUGGUGGUGGACCCCGGAUCCCUGAAGCCCGAGUCCCUCAAGUUUCACUUCUACAGUCAACAAUAUUCCAAUUCCUACAUGCCAUUCUACACGGUGCAGAAACCCACCUGCGGCUACCUGUACCAUCAGAACAUAGACCACACCCGCAAGCAACUGAACAUCCCCUGCUUCAACAUCGUUAAGUGGAGUUCCCACCUCCCUGACCAGCACUAAGCCUUCCCUCCUCUUCCCCACAGUGGACCACCCCAUGGAGUGAAGUCAAGGCCCUGAGAGGAGUAACCAUUUGCUGGGAGAGUAGGUCCAGUCUACAGUAGGCUAGUUAAAUGAGCAAAGCCAGGUUCUAGAUGGGACAAACAGAUAAAUAAAUCUUGUUUAUCUUCCCUC